AUGGAUGAGAUAGCUCCGGAGUACGAUGUUGUGGUCCUCGGCACCGGCUUGACAGAAUGUAUCUUGUCAGGAGUGCUGAGCGUGAAGGGGAAAAAGAUAUUGCACCUAGACAGAAAUGACAUCUAUGGCGGCGAAUCAGCUUCAGUCAACCUGGAAACGUUGUUCAAAAAGUACCAGCCGGGCAGUGCAGCAUCCGAACCGUGGAAGAAAUAUGGCAGAGCCAACGACUGGAACAUCGACCUCGUCCCAAAGCUCCUCAUGAGCAAUGGCGAGUUGACCAACAUCCUCGUCAGCACCGACGUCACACGAUACAUUGAAUUCAAGCAGGUGGCAGGCAGCUAUGUGCAGCAAGGGAAUGGGGCAAGAGCUACUGUCGCGAAGGUGCCGAGUGACGCGGGCGAGGCACUGCGGAGUCCGUUGAUGGGACUAUUCGAGAAGAGACGAGCACGGAACUUCUUGAACUGGGUGGCUGCUUUCGAUGAGGCAAACCCGAGUACACACAAUGGUGAGGCGGCCUUGACAUCGACAUCGGUGAGCCAGGUCAGCUGA